AUGUCUUGGUCCGAAGACCGGGCCGUGGACGCUGCCCAUUGGCAGAUCCUCAGAAACCAUUUGAAACCCAAAGUAUGGCCCACGUCUAGGAACAUGUUAAAGUACAAACAAGAGCUAGACGUAGCCAGGUAAGAAUAUAAAAUAUUUGACGUAAAUAUCUAUCUAUAGGUAGGUACCUAAUAGAAAUACGUUCCGAUCGCAUAUUACAUUACGACUUCGUUAUUAUCUAUACAUUUUUUUAAACGCGUCGCAGACACGCCGAUUUGAAUCAGUUGGCCAGUACUAUACAAGAAAUGAAAAACAAACUAUCAUAUUUGAAAAAGACGGCAUCCGACGUAAACAAAAUUAAAGCCGUAGGUACGUAUUAUAGUUUAUAAAUCCUGUAGAUAUGUAUAAUAAUAGUGUUAUAAUAUCAUGUUACUAGGCGCGAUAAAAAAUUAAUACAUUAUAAUAGCAUUUAUUUUUUCGAGAACACUAUAAACGUGCAAAAAUGAGUAUUUAUAGGCAAAUUAGUUUAGUAUAAAGCAAACGUACCUAAUAAUAUUCUGAAAAAACCUAUGAAAUAGGUUGUUGUUUGAUUUUUGAUAACUAAUAGGUACACUAAGAUUUCAGAGAGAUCUUAUUCUUUCCGCGUGACUCUUCUGAAGCAUUACAAAUUAUAAAAAAAUAUGGAAUCCGAAUAAGCAAAAUACAAAUUAUGCACUUAUAUUUAUUUUGUACAUGACAUAAAUCAUAUUAUGUUCGCAUAGCUGUUACAGUGUCUUUUCCAACUAGUAGACAUAAAUAGCAAAUUCCUUUGAAAUCCAUACUCUAGUUAUUAAAGUAUUACAACCAAACCUAACUAUAAUCUUACUAAUAAUAUCAAUGUGUUUGAGAUCAAUUUAUAUGAAAAUAUUUUGUAUUAUUGUUAAAAAAAAAAAUAUUUAAAUCACCCAAUGCUAUUUGUUACAAAUAUUUACGUAUAUACUUGCGUCUGUUUAAUAAUUCUAUUUUUUACGGGAGUUUCAGGAGUUUGUUUUAACCAAAAUGAAAGUACCGUAAACUUUAAGUAGGUAAGUAACGGAUAAUUCGAUAAAAAGCAUAAUUUAACCGUAUUUUCGUCGAGAUUUAAAGUCAGCGAGAUACAUUAUAAUCCAAUUUUAAUUUAAUUUAUUAAGUUAUUUAAUUUUCCACAUCUGUGAAUUACAUCAUGUGCUAUACGCCAAACUUGAUUAGAUUAGACGUUUGCUUUUGUAAUAUAAAAGUGAAAUUUCUUCCAAUUAACUGAUUACAGGAUUAUUAAUAAAAAAAGAAAAAGAAAAAUUGAACAGUUAAAUAAACAGUUUUAUAUUGAAAUAUUUAAAAAUACCUAUAUAAUUAUGAUAUACGUACAAUUUAAUUGGUUUAGGACUAUAGUUUAUCGUGUUGGAAAAUUGUUCUUAGUCAAACUUGAACUUCGUAUGAUAAUGCGCACCUACACUGAAAUGUCUGUUAUAAUUGAGAUCUACUAAUUUGAAGUGUACUUGAGUUUACUUCAUAUCGCCAGACUUUUAUUUGGCGCCUAAAUAACAUUUAAAACGGUUUCCUUCUUUGCAAUUAGCUUUAAAUGCGUUGUUUUUUUUUUUUUAAUUUUUAAUGUUGGUUGUUUCACAAUAAUUUAUAACAAUGUUAUAAUAUGUAUACUAAUUAAAAGAUCACAAAAACACAGAGAACUUUUGCAAUGAUGUACUAAUAACUGGGACUAAAGUUAUAAGUAUUCGGGUUGGUAAAUAUAGUAAAAUAUGACUAGUCAUAGGUAUAUACAUAAUACACAUAUAUAAUAUAUUCACUAUACACGCGCAUUUUAUUCGAUAGCAAUAUAAUAGCUUUUUCGUGAUAUUAUGUUCUACAAGCAAACUAGCAAGCGAAUGUUUGGAAACUUAAACGCGAUUUUAGUAUUUUCUGCGAUAGUUUUUUUUUUUUUUUUUAAUUAUUGACUUUUACUACAAGUUACAGUUGGAAAAUCUAAAAAAAAUAAUAGUUUUAUGUACAAAAGUUUCGAUCGAUACAUGUUGACAACUGCAGAACAAGUACUGGAGUCGAACGUAUUUUUACUAAUAGUGUAAUUAUAAUGUUUCAAUAUUGAAAUUGAUAUAAGUUAAAAUUAUAGUGAUGUAUUUCGGAUUUUUUUUUGUGGAUGGAGGGUUGUUCAGGCAAUAUAGUCCUACAGAUAUUAUCAUAGAUUGACCAUGAAUUAUGAAAUAAUUGAAAUAUAUUCCCGUCUAAAAUAUUCAUCAAAAUUUGGAGGGAUUUAACCUACACCACUAUGCAUACACAUCCAUUAUCCAUAUACUUUAAAUGCAUACAGUGCUUAUCAUUAUCAAUUAUUGAUAAACAUUUUAAUGUCAUAAAUAAAUAUAAUAUAUAUUAUAUAAAUUAAUAUUCGUUUCUAUAAUAAAUACCAGGAAAAUGUGUAUUUUAGGGUUUGAAAAUUUUCGAAAGGACAUUAAGACGUUUGAGUCAAAGUUGACGAAAUUAAAAGAAGGAAGUACGAAAAAGUGAGUGAAAUUGAAUUAGAUUGCGUAUGUAUAAUAAAUUAAUAAUUAUAUUGAGGGGUUCCGGUAUAUUUCUAUUGAAAUCUAUAUAUAAUAAGUUGUUCUGUCCAAGGUUACGAGAAGAGAACCAUAAGCAAUCCGCUCUGAUCGAAGAAAUCGACCGAGUGAAAAAAUUGACAUUACACGACGAGGGUUCCAAGUCGCACAAUGUCACUAUCGGUAAAAAAAACAAGGAGUCGAAAAUCGUUAAAAGAGUUCCCAUUUCGAAAAAUACAUACUGUUCGAAGGUGAAAAUACAAAAUACACAAUAUUAUAUCUUUGAUCUCAAGAAAAGAGGGCUUAAGUCAAUUUUCGGCACUUUUUUUUUUUAUAAUUGUCUUAUACAAUUUGUUUCCCUUUAUAUUUUUGUCUAAAUGAUGUAAUAGUGUACGUAUAUUUAAACACAUAGAGUACUGAAAAUUAAAAUAGCUUAAGUCACUAUGCUGUACUUUUAUUUGGCAAAAAAGGUAUAAGUUAUAUAAUUAUAUGAUUUAAGCCACUUAAAACGCUUGCAUUAGGGUUUGAUCAUCUGAUCAUAUGAUAUAUAUAUAUAUAUAUCAUAUAAUAGUAAUUUAGCUAUAAUUUAGCAAUUUUUAAAGUAUAAUUCGGUUGUAUUGAAAACAUUACAAAAUCGACUUAAGCUGUUCUUUCCCGGAACCAAAGAUAUAUCAAGUCAAUCCAAUGUUACACGUUUCGUCUAGGAAAUAGCGGAUUUUCAUGGAUUUUGUUCACGUAAUUACGGUCUUACUGGAGGUUGGACCAGCAAAGAUCACGAGACGUUUCUGAAGAUACGUUCCAAGCAUUACGCGGACGGUGUAAAUUUCAUAGAUCACGUUGUACAAGCGAUGCCACGUAAAGUUUAAUGCAGAUAAUAUUUAACUAAUAUAAUUUAACAACGUUCAUCAAUUAUAUUGUUGAUCGAUUAAAAAUAAUACAUUGGACGAGCCAAUAAAAAUGUCGAUUAUCACAAGAUUUUUCAAAAGGUUUUCGGCCGUUUCGAAGUCUCACAUAAAAAACUUGUGGAAAUAAUAUUAAAUUAUUAUUGUGUAUACUUCGUCCUUUGUAUUCUGUGUAUACUUACGUUUUAUUAAUAAUAUUAUAUUAUAUAUUAUAAUAUUAAUAACUAAUAAUACUAAAAGGCAGGUUUCGUGGUGCUUUAUUGGGGGCUAUUUCGGUAUUAGCUUGUAGACAAGACACAUUGUACAAUAUGGUUUCAUCAAAAAUAUAAUAGUAUAAAUGUGUUUCUUUAAGCCAACAUGUGAAGAAAACCCAACGAAAGUUAGUGACUGUUUGCCGGACGAGAUGCUAUUUAGUCUACAAUUAUUGUCUUAUUACGAAUAAAUAUACCUAAUAAAUUAAAAAAAAAAAAAAUUCUAUCUUCAACAAUUUCAUAACGAAUUUCUCUAAAAAUAUAAUAAUAUCGGUUUUUAAAAAAUAUGUAUAGGUAUACAAAAUAACAUGUUCAAAAUAAUUACUGAUAACUGUAGUCUAAAGCCGAAAAUAAUAAUAAUUAACGAUAACAACACUAAAGCCCCCUCGCUUUCUAUUAUAUUUGUCUCUCCGUGUGAAUAUUAACAUACAGCCUUUUUGUAAUUUUUAAAAUAUUUGCCUCGUUACAUACAAAGCUUCCUUUCUUUACUCAAAACUGUAUAGGUAAAUACAGUAGUGAACACCGUUAAAAACAUCUAUACACUGUUAAUUCAAUUGUUGUGUAAUAUUUGCUUGGGAAAAUAACUUCAAAAUGUAGUUUUAGAUGUUUUAUCAAUAUUGCACGUAGAUACGUAUGAUAUCGUAACAUCUUCGAGAUUUCUGUUUUUUUUUUUAUCUAUCCACGACUCUCCAUCCGUGAAUCGUGUCAAAUUUCAUAAUCAUAUACUAUAGUAGGUAAUAGGAAUAGAUAACACCGAUAUUAUUUCACCUAAUUAAAAAUAUACAACUUUCGAACUGGUAAAACAACAAGGUUGUACAUAUUAUGUAGUAAUUACUCAUUUGUAUAUUUUGAUUUUAAUCGGUCGUUGUAAUUUAACUGUCUGGAAAUUAAAUAAAACAUUGAAAACAAAGAUAAAACGUGGCUCAAACUAUAUUUGUAUUUAUUUCAUAUACACACUAUUGUAUUCACAACAAUAUUAAUUAUCAUAUUGUAUGUAAGCACACUGGAUAUAGUAUUCUUAUUUUCAGAUUAACCCAAAAAAAUAAUUCAUAUCUUUUUAGUCAGAUUAAAUUUGUGUAUUUAAAAAUACAGUCUGUGAAUUGUUAUUAUGAUUUUCGAAUAACUGAUUAUAAUAUAAAAAAGACAGAUAUUACUGAGGACGCAGCCCGUGAACACGAAAACUGGUUCGUGAAAUUUGAAGAGCUCAAAACCAGACAGAAGGAGGCCAUAAUGAAAUGGAAAAAUGAAAAGAAAAACGUUGUACAAUUUGACUGCAAUCCAAAUAAUUAUGACGUGAUAAAAAAAUAUUCAGAGAGUAGUGCGGACGGAGACGCAAAAAUCGUAGGGAAGGUAAGAUCUUAUUUGUUGUAGGUGUUGAAUAUUUAUUAUAAAACAAAACUAAAUACAAAACCUUAUACGAAAUAUUAAAAUAUCGUAUAAAUAAAAAUAAUGACUUACAAUCGUUAAAAGACUAACACUAGAGUAGGUACCUAUAACACUCCAAUGGUGUGUAUAAUUUUUUUUAAUUCAUAAUUUUUAUACAAUAAUUUCGACGUAUAUUACUUGAAAUGUACGAGUUUUUCACUGAUUUUUUUUUAAAUUUCAUUUUUAGAUACAAUCAUUUUUCGUAACAUUAUUUUGUAUUUUACCUAAACAUUAUAUUUAAUUAUAAGUGUAGCGUAAAAGUUAUAAUUUUACUGAGAUAAGUGUUUUUUUUGUUCGGAAAACACUCUUUUGCUUAGUAAAAAUGCUUCAAAUUGUUUACAUCAUACCUUAAAAGGUGCACAUUUUUUGACUGAUGGUACUUUAUUAAAACAAUUUUCCCAGAUUCUCAGUAGUUUUUUCUUAAAAGUUAAAAAAACCGAAAUUAAAUGACGUUACAUUGGUUUUUUUUUUUUUGAUUUUGGCUAUAAUAUAUAGAAUCCAUAGAGAAGAAACUAUGAUUAAUACUAUACUACUAAUUCACCGAGCUCUGUUCAGAAUGGUCAACAUGGUUACAAUGAUUUAUCAUCGCUUUCAAACUUUAGUAUGUGUACUAAAUUAUCAUUAUAUCUUACAAUUUCGUGACUUCCUGCAGUGGCGUAAGAAGUAUGUUCGGGUUUUUUGGUUCGAUUUAUUUUUAAGUGGAUUGAAAAUAAAACCAAUUAUUAAUUUAGAAAAAUGUCAGUGUAUCAACAAUUUGAUAUUGAUAAUAUUUUACAAAGUCAAUAUUUAAUUUAGAAAACAAAAUAUACCUACGUGCGUUUACUUUUAUUAGUACAUUCCUAUCGUUUUUAAAUCAUAAUUUUGUAUUUAGAAAUCCGACAAUAAUUUAGAGAAAGAAACGAACGAAAAUCACGAUAAUGACGAAUGUGAACGAGUGGUUAUUGAAACUAUUGCUCCAAAGCACUCAAACGUCGACGAUAAAUUAUCAUUAAAGCGUUACAGGUGACCUACUACAAUAAUAUUCAAUUUUUUUUUUUAAUAAUAUAUUUUAUUUGACAAUGCAAUUAAUAGUAAACUUAAUUAACAGAGAAAUGGACAAAAAAUACAUGGAGUCUAAGAAAACAAAUAAGAAAAAAUUUGACAGCGAACGUACGUCAGAUCCAAUAACUAUAGUUACAUUGCACGGAAAGUCGGAAAAAUAUAACGGCAAUAUUAUAGAUCCGUCGGAGAAACUUCCGAACGUACACUUUAGAAUUUACGGUACACACAAUCAAGACGUGUGCGUAUGAAAGUAUUUUUGAAAAUUUACAUUUUUAAAUCGAAUUUAUGGAAGAAAAAACUAUAGGUAUACGAAUACAAUUUGUUUUUUUUCACAGGGAAGUCGUAUUCAAAUACCAAUAG